ACUAUAUUAUUCUUAAAUGACCAAACUAAGACACAAAACAAUAUGGCUCUAGUUUCCAAUCAAGAACUCAAAGAAGAAAUCAAAAUUCUUAUUGAUCAAAUGCCAAAAGAAGAAGAAGAAGAGGAAGAGGAAUUUUUUGAGAUAGAUUUGGAAUUGGUGAAUAAUUAUUUUUCAGCAUCCCAUAAUUAUAAUUGGGAAAGCUAUUUUACAGCAUCAACAAGUAGUACUUGUACUCUUCUGGCUAAUUGUUUGUUGCCUAUUGCUGAUGUUUCAUGUGCCAUUCCUACCUCAACCAAAGCUUGUGAUGCCUUCAUUUCAUUGACACCAAGUGGUGGUUCCCCAUUUUUGGGAUUUUAAGUUUAUGGGUUUUAGAAAUCAGACGUAUUUACUUGAUUCUUGACAAGUGAUUUAUAUGUGUAUUGAGUGAAUUUCUUAAUAUAAAAUAUUGAAUUUGAACCAAAAUUAUUGUGUUCUGCAGAA